UACUUUUCUUGUUAUGAUAAAGGAAAUUGUUGAUCCAUAUUUCAGUUUCAGAAUUCAUAUUUCAGUUUGUUUUACUAUCUCUUAGUCGAAAUGCCAGAGAGAAAGAAAAGGGAACGAGAAUGUCCUGCAGAGUUUGAAUGGAAUGCUAAAAUGGGCAAAUGUGUCGAAUGUAGACCAGGCUAUUACGGAUUGAAUUGCUCGAAAUCAUGUGUAAAGCCCUUUUAUGGCUAUGGGUGCCAAAAGAAAUGUUCCGAAUGUGAUGAGAGCUUAUGUGACGUUUCCACAGGUUGUCCAAUAUACACAGAGUCAACAGAGUCAACAAAAACAACAACAAUCUUAGCUUCACGAGGAGGAAGUUUGUCUACAGUUCCCAAACAAACAAGCACUGCUUCAAAAGCCACAACGUAUUCAUCAAGCAAAUUUAACACCCUUGAAGCUCAGAAAUCUACUUCUUUCCAAAAAUCCACAAUUAUAUCAUUUUUAGCUUCAACGACAGCAACACCUUCCUUUUUUGAUUCCUAUUAUCCUGUUUUAUUGGGUAUCUUCGGUGUCUCUUCGCUUUUCCUCAUCAUCUUCACAAUUUACGUCAGCAUACAUAUACACGAGAAGUGUUCAAAACGAAGAAAGUCUAAAAUACCACAUAAAGCGAGUGUUGAGAUAAUUGAGACCUACCAAGAGAUAAAUGACUUUGGUACAGAAGGAAACAUUAUGGGAUAUGAUCCUUUAGGUCAUAACAGACCUUCAAAGAAAAGCCAACCAGAACACAGCCUGGAACUCGUAACUGUAGUUCAGAGCAGUGUGAUAGAAAAUUCUACCUACCAGAUAGAGAGCGUUAAUGAUUAUUCAGAGGUUAAAGAUGAUGAACAAACAUCCUCUGUAAAUCCACCUAUCUGUGUGACAGGGUCUAGGUAUAUAUCAAGUCCAUCUUCACAGCAUGGUAAACUGGAUCUCAAGAAAAGGAGUCCCUCGCACGAUAAUGAUGGUUAUAUGUUACCAAACUCUGAGGCUUGUGGAAUGAGCGAUGAUGUUGGGGAAGAAUUGUGUUCUAGUCCUUACACAUCUCCAACCAUUUCUCCUAGUGAAAACUAUCUAGACAGCGCUGACGUAAACAAUAAAAUAAACGAAGAAUCCCUGAAUGUAUAUCUGACAGUUCUGCCUGAUUGA